AUGAACCUUGGCCCUGCUGGAAAACAAGAGAAAUUACGCAGCACAUCAUACUUUCGUAAGGGAAGAAAAUAUGACCAAGAUAUGGUCUUUGCAUCAGACUAUCAUAUCACUGAAUUACGUGGUGAAGCUAAAGGAUUAAAAGAAGUUCUAAAGAAGAGAGGGUUGUGGCCAGAAGAAGGAUUAAGGUUAAAAGAAGCACGAGAAUUAAUAAGUCAACAACUAGACUUUCUAGCCCAAAAAGGACAGUUGGAAGAAAUCAUUGUUGCAGCUGGGCAUCAAAUUAUUUUUUAUCCCAAAUUUCACUGCGAACUAAAUUACAUUGAGACCUUUUGGGGACUGCAAAAAACUGUUCCAUUAGCUCUUAAUUCUGUUCCACUCCCAACUAUUUGUCGAUAUGCAAGAAAAGCAUUUCACUAUAUGGACGCAUAUCGAAAAAGCUUAAAUGGUAAAGCAGCUGAAUUUGCUGUAAAAAAUACU